AUGAGCGCCGUUUCAGCCUAUGGUUUUGCCAACAAACAAGAGAUUGAAAAACAUCUCGAACUGGGUAAACAAUUCUUAGCCAAGGCUCAAUUUGGUGAUGCAUUAACCCAUUACCAUGCUGCAGUUGAGCUCGAUCCCAACAACUAUCAGACCCUUUAUCGAAGAGCCACCGUCUUUUUGGCUAUGGGUAAAAGCAAGUCUGCAAUCCCCGAUUUAGAUAGAGUUAUUGAAUUGAAGCCUGAUUUCACCGCGGCACGUAUAUCGAGAGCUAAUGUUUUAUUGAAGCAAGGAGAUAUAGAUAAUGCUGAGGUUGAUUACAACGCAGUGCUCGCUCACGACAGUGCCAACGAUGAAGUAUCUAGUAAAAUUGAAUUGCUCUCACAGCUCAGACAGUAUGUUCACCAAGCCAAACUGUUUUUCGAGAACGAAGAGCUCACCCAUGCUGAGUAUUACUUAACCAAAGCAUUAGAACAUAUGGUAUGGGAUGCUUCUUUUUAUAAGAUGCGUGCCCGAUGCUAUGAAGAUAGGCGAGAGAUUAGGAAAGCAAUUGCGGAUAUGAGAACCUACACUAAGCUUGUAGCUGAUAGUACCGAUGCUUUUCUUGAAAUUUCACAAAUGUAUUAUUCCAUCGGUGAUGUAGAGGAGUCUCUAGGCCAAGUGAGAGAGUGCUUGAAGCUCAAUCCCGAUCACAAGCAAUGCUUCCCAUUCUAUAAGAAGGUGAAGAAGCUUGCGAAGAUGAGAGAAAGUCUCCUAGACACUGUAAAAAAUUCGGAUUGGAUGAGUUGUCUUGAAAAGGGACAACAGAUCCUGAAAUUCGAAAAAGAAGUUUCAAGUAUUCAAUUCGCCGUGUUCAGAGAGACUUGCAAGUGCAACAGAGAGGCUGGACAUAUCCAAGAAGCCAUUCAAGAAUGUACUGAGGUCUUGACGAAUGAUGAUGCUAAUGACAUUGACGUAUUGUGCGACAGAGCAGAGGCUUACUUGUUGGAUGAAAACUUUGAUGCAGCUAUUGAUGACUAUAAGAAGGCCAAAGAGGUCAGCGAAGAGAACAAACGUGCCAACGAGGGACUUGAUAGAGCUCAGAAACUGAAAAAGCAAGCUGGACGAAGAGAUUACUAUAAGAUCCUAGGAGUAAAGAGAAACGCAAAUAAGCGAGAAAUCACGAAGGCUUAUCGCAAGCUCGCUCAGAAGUGGCACCCUGAUAACUUCGCUAAUGAUGCCGAAAAGAAGAAAGCUGAACAGAAGUUUAUUGACAUUGCGGCAGCAAAAGAGGUGUUAUCAGACGAAGAAAAACGGCGACAAUUCGACCAUGGAAUCGAUCCUCUUGACCCCGAAUCUCAUAGCGGCGGCGGUGACCAUCAUGGAUUCCACAACUUCCAUCACGGCUUCCACGGAUUCCCAGGUGGUGGCGGUGGAGGAGGGGGAGGUGGACCAUUCAGUUUCAAAUUCAACUUCUAA